UGCUUCCCCGCCGCCUACUCCUCGAUACAAAGUGCCCUUCAGUCCUUCGACUCCGUCGCUCUGUCGUCGUCGUGCACCACAGCAGUCCCCUAAUUCCGAAUCUCACUUAUCUCUGCCUUGCUCCGGUUGACUUAUCCGGACAGUCAGCGGCAUGAUACCGUGGCUUUAUAAUCGUGUCUAAACUGCGACGCGGUCGAAGUCAUUGCAUCCAUUCGCACCUUGCCUCCCACCACCAUGUUCUCAGAGAAGCCGCUCCCCGAUGCCAUCGACCUGAGCCACCACCUGUCGAAGGUGGCGGUGGCGCGCCAGGUCUCGCCGCUGAAGGGGCUGCAGAAGUACAUGGACAAGCCGGGCCUAAUCUCGCUGGCGGGAGGCAUGCCGAACCCGUCGUACUUCCCCUUCCACUCUCUAGGCGCCGAGGUUCUCGUGGAGGAUCAGUUCCCCCUUAACCCGAGCCAGUCGUCCUCAGGCCUCUCAUGGUUCUGGAAGCUCUUUGGCUCCAAGCAGGUCGAACGCACGACCGCUGUAUCAAUCCCCAAGUUUGCCAACAAGCCUGGCGAGAUAGACUUGGCCACGGCGCUUCAGUACAGUAUGGCGAAGGGCCUGAAGCCGCUGCAAGACUUCAUCAACGACUUCGUCGGCAAUGUCUACCAGCCGGGGUACGCGAACUACACAACUAUCGUGCACGCUGGGAACACAGAUGGUGUGAACAAGUCGAUCAUGACGCUUUGCAACCCGGGAGAAGGCGUGCUCGUGUCCGAGUGGACUUACCCAAGUACUAUGGCCACAAUGAAGCCGCUCGGCGUCAGCCCGGUACCUGUAGGCAUGGACGGGCAGGGCAUGUCCGCGGUCGCCCUCGAUAAGCUGCUCAGCGAGUGGGACGUUGAGGCGCGCGGCGGUAUGCCACGCCCUCAUGUUCUCUACACCGUGCCUAUCGGUCAGAACCCGACUGGCGCCACCAUGGGAGCUCAACGCAAGAAGGAGAUCUACGCCAUUGCCGUGAAAUACGACAUUAUCAUCAUCGAGGAUGAUCCGUACUACUUCCUCCAGCAGGGCGAAUAUGUGCCUAAAGGGGAGCGUAAGGAAGAGGAGGUGAAGACACACAAGGACGAGGCGAAGCACUUCAUUGCUUCGCUCGCGCCGUCCUUCCUCAAGUUCGACUAUCAAGGACGCGUUGUCCGGUUGGAGACGUUUUCCAAGACCGUCGCUCCCGGAAGCCGUCUUGGUUUCUUCACCUGCAAUGCUGUAUUUGCGGAGCGCUUCGAGCGUCAGGGCGAGACUAGCACGCAGGCUCCUUGCGGCUUUGGUCAGUCCAUGGUCGCCUCCCUACUCCUUCAAUGGCAGUACUCGGGCUACAUCCGCUGGCUCCGAGCUCUGCGUCUUCAAUACAAGCAGCGCCGCGACUUCUUCAUUGAUUGCUUCGACGAUGAGUUCAACAUGAGACGAUCGAUCGCGGUGUCUGGCGCGCACCAGGGCGCAGUCGUGUACGAGGGAUCGUUGAAGCCCUUGCGGGGCGAGAAGUUCGCCGCGUCGGGCAAGACGCUGUUCUCCUUCGUUCCGCCGACCUCUGGGAUGUUCGUAUGGAUCAAGCUUCAUUUCGAUGAGCAUCCGGAGGUGUCGACGCAUGGUAUGAAGGAGCUUGAGAUGAAGCUGUGGACGGCUUUGGCCGAGGAGGGUCUUCUGUUUGGCCCAGGCAACAUGUUCUCGUCUGCCAACCUGACGGAUGACUAUGAGGGACCUGGCCAUUUCCGGAUCUCCUUCAGCAACGCAGACUUUGAUGAGCUUAAGAGGGCAGUUGAGCUGUUCCAGCAUGUGACACGGAAGUUCUUCAAGGACCUGUGAGGGAUGGACGCUAACACUGGAUUGGAUCAGAUAUAUGUAUGCAUGUACUAUAAUCCCUUGUGGAGGCUAAAGGGCAUAGACUUUGGAUAUUAAUGGGGCUUGGAAGAACACGCGCCUCGCCUUGUGUCUUCAGCAACCUAUCGAGAACGUUCG